AUGGAAUGUGGUGAAGUUGGUAUUGCUGCUCUUGCAUUGGAGCUACUACUCCCUAGCUUGAUUUGUUUCUUUGGUGGCUCCAUGAAUGGGUUCUUCUUCUUCUUCAUACUCUCAUUUCCUUUUGUCUUUGCCAUUGUGUACCUUGGCCUAGAAAAGUUUUGGGCCGAUGGCCGAUGGAUUUUGUCGCGGUCGAGCGAUUUGGUCGGCCAAAUUCGUUUUGGCCGAGAGAAUUUCGGCCGAGGCCGAGUUUGUUUCCCGGAUCGACCGGCGGUCGGUCCGUUCCGAUACAAAAUCCGGCCGAUCGCGGCCUAUUUCUUCCCGGUUCGUGCGUGCGCGCGAACGUUUUGUCGCGCGAUGAUCAAUCCGGCCGAGCACAAGCUAUUCCUUCCCGGCUCGACCGUGACGGUCGGCCCGGUUGGAAAUUGCUCGGCCAAAAUUUCUUUGCGCGUCCGCGGCCAAUGUUUUGGCGCGGAUUGUGUUUUCACACCUUUUUCUCCUUCUAUCCUAUCUUAA